AUGGAGGUGACUCCAAUCACACAGACUCAUCGGGCCACACGCGCAUCGCUAGCUUGCUUGCCCUGUCGCUCCCGUCACGUGAAAUGUGAUGGGAAGCGGCCAUGUGGCCGCUGCUCGGAGGUCGGGAACCAGUGCAGCUAUGCGCGAUCCCGGCGUGGGGGAUUAGAUCGCGCAGCAGUCGCGGAGCGUCGCAAACGACUGGCUUCGGCAGUCUAUCCUGAACCGGUGGACCUCCUGAAUCUACAACAGGCUGCGAUAGUUCGUCCCGAAGAGUGCUUGAAACAGCUCGUCCCGGCGGACGUUCACACCGAGUCUGACCUGCUCGAUAUCGAUCGAGGAAACAGCAGCAGGGGCUCUAUCCCGCAGUCAGAGGACACAGUUCCCUCGAGAAAGAUUGAAAGUGACAUCUUGAUUGAAUCAUAUUAUAAGAAUUUUCAUAUCUGUCAUCCAUUCGUCUUACCACGAAAUCACCUAACUAAAUUAUAUCAAGAUCCGAGCAGACAGCGCCGCCUUGCGCCCCUAGUGGCCGCGCUGCGGUUCAUGGGGAAUAUUUACAAGGCGCGAAAAUGGUCGAUCCCUCUCAAAGACGAUGUCGAAACUUCCCUUUCACCGUUGUCGCCUUCUGAUCCGAUCCAGGUCCAAUGUCGAAUCUUGUACUCCGUGGCCCUGUUCUGGUAUGACUACAAGGAUGAUGCCAAAUGGCAGAUGGACCGGGCAGCACAACUCGCCAUUGAUAUGCAGAUGUUCCGGGCCGGAUUUGCAGCCUCAGGAACUGACGACCAGGUACAGAGGGAAUCUUGGAGACGAACGUGGUGGACGCUGUAUAUUCUGGACGUAUACUACGCAGGCACCCUGGGGACUAUGAACUUUCGGGUUGUGGACAUUGAUGUGACGGCAGAAUUGCCCUGCGAUGAGUCAGACUAUGAGUCGGGCGUGAGUAUCAAACCCUGUCUCGCCAUUGACCUGCGCCGAGAUAGCUUAUGCAUGGGCGUGCAGAAUAUUCCAGCUCCCAGAACCCUUCGGGAGUUUAAUCACCGCGAAUUUAUUCCGAACAGUGGUCCCUUCUCCUCCUUUGCGUACCAAAUCAGCGCCAUACAGUGCGCUGCGACCGCGAUAUCCCAAACCCCCAAAAUCGCCACCGCGGAAGACUCGACGCAUCUGAUUCAAGCGGUUGAUUGUAGUCUGGACGCAUGGCAACUUUUAUUACCCCCCGAGCACAAAGAUGUCAUGGAUAGGAAUGGCGAGAUUGAUGAACUCAUGUUCCAAGCGCAUAUGCUGAUCCACGUGUCCACCAUCGGCCUCCACCGUCCAUUGUCAGCCCUCAAAUUCAAUGCCAUAGAGCAUGUAUCGAGCUGUGCCCGCGAACCACCCCUGGACACACCCACGCCCGAUCUGAUAAACGUCCACACCGCCCGAGUUUUACGGGCGGUGGAGGCCCAAAUUCGCCUUCUGGCCUUACCAGUCCGCCGAUUUCACCACACACCAUUCACGACGUGCAUGGUAAGCGAGGGCAUACUAGCGCUUCUCUCCGCUUGCAGCACCCUCCUCGAGGGAAAGGACCUAGCAAUUGCAAGAGACCAGAUCCGGAUGACGCUCGGCUGUCUCAAGGUGCUAGGAGAAGUCUGGCCAAGGACGGCGAGGAAUGUGCGAGAGAUCCAGACCAUUGCUCAGUGCGUGCUGGGUCUCGGUCCAGUUGUCAGCAAUCACAAUAACUCUGCAACGAUUGACCUGCUGGCUUUCGGCGCAGACGAGAUAAGUCCAGAUUCGACCGCCAGCGGUCUAUCGGCGGACAGCAACGAUCUGAGUGCUUCCGUCGGGGACACUGAAUACCUACAUGGCUGGUAUAAUCCUGGAGACUUGGAUGAUCUUUCGUGGCGAGGAACGGAUUAUAACCUUGGCCAUGGUUAG